GCAGCCCAGCCUGGAUGUCAACAUCAUCAUCACUUCUCUCCUUACAGUGAGCGUUACACAGUGGACGUCCCUUCUUCUCUGCAGCUGGAGUCCUCACUGUUUGUCUGUCUCCAGCAUGAAGCCAGGAUAACUCAAUUAUCUACACUGUGAGGAGUUUCACUCCUGAGAGCAGCCUGUGCAAAUGAAAUUUACAACUUCACCACUGGAAAGAAGUUCCUUGAAGCUGGAUUAUUUCUACGUGAAGCAGCAUGUCUUCUGCAGAAUAACACACCAAUCAACAGUUGGAUUUCACAACCAAACUAUUGUCAUGCUUUGACUAAGGUUGUAUGAUGGGAUGCAGAUGGAUGAACAGCAGCACAUGACACUCAUCUAACACCAAGUGUCAGUCUGGUUCUUUGGCUGGCUGAGCUGCGACUACUGCCAUGCAGACCUUCUACCAGCCCCGCCACACCAUCCGUCACCCUCCGGGUCUCUACCUGGACCCCACGCUUCUGCAGCGACGUGUCCUGGAAGAUCAAGUGGAGCUGUGGUGGUUCAGAGAGCCACGGCGCUCCCUGUUGUGCUACUGCGCCUCUGUUGCCCUCAUACUGGGGCUGGGGCUCGGUGGCGUGGGCCUCCUCUCCACCACCACCAGCCUGUCCGGGGAGUGGCGCCUCGGGGUGGGAACCACCCUCUGCCUCUUAGCCCUGGCUGUUCUGCUCAAGCUGCUCCUCAGCUCUGCCAUCCAAGACAUGAACUGCGUGCGCAGCUGGCAUCAGAUUGACCAGCUGAGGAGCGGCGGGAGGGCUGACCCAGCACUUAUCUUAGCUGUGGGGCUGGCGGUGAUGCUCUGUGGGACCGUGCUUCUCUGUGUGGCCACACUCGGCAGCCAAGGUCAUGACAGCAAGGAGAUGUUGGUGUCGAGCCUGGUGCUGAUGGCUGCUGGGGCGGGCAUGGCUCUGGCUGUAGUGGGCUACGGUGUGCUCAUCUACCUUCAAAGAAGAAGGGAGCAGAGGAGGAGGAUGAUGAUGAGAAUGAGCAGAGCGAGGAGGCUGGGGGGUCGAGCUGUCAGGGUGUUCAGUGUCUCAGGGGGACAGAUGAGCCAGGUCAGGAGAGAGACGUCCUCCAGCAGGACCAGCCUGAUCUGAAUUAACUGAAUGGGCAAAAUCACUCAGAGAAAAAGGACCAACGAGUCUGUGAGAGGAAAGUUCAGAAUACAUUUCUUCAUUGGAGACGUCAGACUUAGUCUUGUGUUCACAUUAUAUCCACAAAAUCACUA